AUGGCUGUCGCCCCCAGGCUUUAUGCAGGUGUCGAUUCAGGAGGCCCCAUGCGCGGCCGCUUCACCGCUCUUUGGGAGGCAGUGGACGUGGCAAAUGCUCUGGCAAACCCAUUGCCAUCUUUGGGGGCGCUUCUGAUUCAGUUUGCAACGCUCUCCCGGUUCUCUCACAUCAAUGCGACCGCAUCUUCCCGUAAUGAACCCCUCUUGAAGUCCCUUGGCGUGACACCCGUGUUGGGCUCGCGUCUGUCACUGGAGGACCUCCUCUCGGCUGUCUCGUCCAUAACGACUGCACGUGUUGAAACCGUCUACAACGUGCGGGAGGGACUCCUGCCUUUGACCUACCCUCCGCCGGAGUUCGGACACGGACAUGGAGCGGCUGCAGCUGGGCGGCUCCAGGACGGCUUGCGUGGCGUAGCAAUGGGCUUGAAGGAGCUUGAAGAAGAGGAGACGAGACUUCCCGAGACUGUGGGUGUCACGGUCGCCGAUCGUGACCGGAUGCUGGUGCCGCUCGACCCCUGA